CCCAAUUCGAAAUGUGCUAUGAUUGGUUUUCACUUCAUUGUAUGGCUGAUGGUUGGAAAGUCCCCAUUAUGGUAUGUCCCUGCCAGCCCACUCGAGGUGCCCAAUGCGGCUUCGAACUCUUCACGAGAGAUGCCGCUCGGGAUAUAUUUAGAAGCCUUCAUCUCAAUCGGUGGGCAUUGGACAGUGAAAUAGUGCUCUUAGCGCGCUUCAUGAGCCUCCGCAUGGUAGAGGUACAAUAUCCACAACUACCUUCCAUGUUAUCACAGCCAGCUUGCAAACGCUACGAGACAUCGCCAAC